CCAGCAGUCGCAGACGCGCCAUCGAACACGCCGCUCGCGAUCGCGCUCUCAUUCGGUUUUCCGAUUUCAGUUUUCCAGCUUUUCAGUUUUCCAGCUUCUCGCAGCUAUUUAGAUUUCCCGUGUCGGUUUUUCAGCUUACUCGCUUUUUUGGCCCGAUCGUUUUCCGUUUCGGUUUCCAUUUCGUUGGCGCUUCAUUUAACACAACCGCUUAAAUUGAAAACCCCCCAAUCGAUCUAAAUUUAAUUGUAUUUUUGGUUUGUUAAUUGUCGCGCUGCACUUGAUUUUUUUCUUCGUGUGGUUUUUACGCUAAUUGCCUGAAUGGCAAAGGCAAAGUGCAAAGUGUGACAGUGCAAGAGAUAAAGAGCAAGAGAGAGAGAGAGAGCGGGAGAGAAGGACUCCGGGCCCAAUCUUCGCAAGCUGAACCCGUAAAUCGCGCUCUGCGAUGUGGUGCGAGCUCUGGACUUGCCGCCGAGCAACACCACAAUCUGGAGCGGGAAGUGCGACUGGAACGGGAUCGGGAUCGGGAUCGGGAACGGAACCGGAAAGUUGGCGGAGAACUGGAGGGCAGGGACAGUGGGGCGAGCAGAUGUAGUCGGCAGUUAGAGCACAGCCACCGUUGCCACCGCCACCGUCAGAUGAUCGAAUGGUGGUGAUCCUCCUACUGUCGCCAUGCACUUGCAGCCGCAGCAGCAGCAGCAGCCACGCCCAUGCCCAUGCCCACGCCCACGCCCACGCCCACGAUCCCGCCCACGCAACGCCCAAGCACCACCAAGAAGCACAACCAGCACCACCGGCCAAAAGUGGAGAUUCCCGGAGCAGCAAUGAAUCUUCCUCGGCAUCCACGGGCGACACAGCCAUUCCGGCUGGAUAUCUGCAGCUGCACCACCAGAAACAGAAGGAGCAACAGCAGUUGCACCACCAACAGAACCAGCACAAUCCGGAGCAACACCCCCACCAACCUAGUCAUAGUCAUAGCACAACACCACUGCCCGUUUUCGGCCACGGAAGAUGGCUGCCCCUGCAACCACCGAACGCCGUGCCCAAGCCACCGCGCACCCAUGGCAUCCAUUGGCCACCCAGUGUCUAUCCUGCCCCACCCAACCACCAACCGAUCAUCUUCCGCGUACAAUCAUCACUGCCCAACGGGAGCUUUACUAACGCAACCACCACCACAACCACCACCACUGACUACGUGCGUCACGUGACCCGCGUUAACUUCUACGACAUUGAUACUUCGCAGGUCGAAUUCGAGCCCAAAGAUGACGAGGAGAGCAACGAGGCCACGGCAGGCAAUUGCGAUACAGAAGCUAUUACCAAAGAAGAGGAGUGGAUAACGAAGCGCAAGACAGAACUCACAACUACCAGACAGAUCGAAACGAGGGUGAAGCGACAGGUGAAGCUGCAGGAUGGCAAGGUGAUCGAGGACUCCGGUCCCAUUGUCUCUACAAACACAACCGAAGACACCGAUAAGCAGGAGACGGAAACCACUGAGAAACGGGACCUUGACCUGCCGGAUGACCUCGAUGGCAAUGCCCAACUGAUCGACGUGGCCGCCCUGCAGGCGGGCGCCGAGAAUGAGACGCAGUUGGCCCAAAUUCAAGAGGUCUUUGGACCGGCGGACGGAGCAGGAAAGCUGGUCAAGCGAAUGGUUCCACGUCCGGUGGACGGACUAGUGCGACAAACGGACGACAAGCGGGUAAUCUCACACGAGGAGAUCAAAGAUUACCACGAAACGGAGGACGUCAAGCACCACGGCGACUUCACAGAUCAGACCUACGUGAACGCAGUGCGCGACGGAGUUGAGGACCUCGAAGCCCUGCUCUGUUCGCCGGAGAGCCAGCGCCAGUUGGUGCCGCUCGGGCCUCAGGUGGUGGCCAACAGGAGCAAGUCCCGGAAGACGAUCGACUCGGAGGACACGCAGAAGCGCUGUCUGGCCCAGGAGGACGGCACCCUGGUCACCGAGAGCCGACGCACCACCGAGCACGAGCUGAUCGUCGACGACGAGCUGCCCGAUCCGCCCGCCGCCGCCUCAGAUGAUCGCAACCUGCAGCUCCAGGUGGGCGAGCAGGUGACCACCACGGCGGCCAACCAGCGCUAUUUCCGGCAACGGGACGAGCAGCAUGUGGACUUGCUAGCCAACGGCCGGCUCCACUCCACCGAGAUGCGCUACGCCGCCGAGACCACUCAAAUGGACAAGGACGGGCCUGCCGAACUGGAGCGUCCGGGCGACUGGGACAGCCUCUCCGACCGGAUGCGCAAGUUGCGCCGCUCCCAGCAGCAGCAGCAGAAGGAGGUGGCCCUCCUGGCAGAUCGCAAAGAUGCGCUGACCAAGCGACCCCUGGACUUCGAUCGCGAGGAGGAGACGCGCAAGGGCGAGACGAUGAAGUGGCUGGAGUCGCACUUUGGAAGCGAAUCCACCGCCUCCAACGAUUCCCGCGACGACGAAGCCGAUGCGGAGGUGGAGCCCACCAAGAAGAGCUAUUUCAAUGUGACGAUCAAGUCGCAGAGCCAACCCCAGACGCACAUCCAUGCCCAAUCCCACCUGGCCACCCAACAGCAUCCGCACCCGCAGCACACGCAUGCCCAUCAUCCGCAAACUCUGCCCAGGAGCGCUGAGCGGGAGAGGGAGAGGGAGAGGGAAAGGGAGCGCGAGAGGGAAAGGGAUCGUCAUCCGUUGACCAUGACCACAUCCGCCACUCUGGAGCGGAAGCAACAGCCCAGUUCGGCAGCCGGGCGCUCCAAGUACUUCCAGGGCAUAUCGAACUGGUCGGAACGCAAGGAUCCUGGACCUCCGGUCAAUCACUUCUCGUCGCAGGCCUUUCGCGAGGACCUGCAGGAGACCAUCCGGCGGAAUGGUCUCAAAAAGAAAGUCAGCGGUCACGGCUCCAGUCAGGGAUCUGGUCUGGCCCAGGAGACGACGGGCCAGCCCAAGGAUAGCUAUGUCAGCCGCGAGGAUAUUCUACAGCAGAAGCGUCAGAGCUUGUCCUCGCAGUUCUUGGCCCGUUCGACGCGGGGCUCUCGCGAUACUCUGGACGACCUGGAGGCCAUACCGGGACCAGGACCAGGACCAGGUCCAUCUACGAUAUCACCCCGUGCCGAAGAGCCCUCGCACAAACGAGUGGCCUACGGUCAUCGUGGAAGCCACAGUAGCAACAACAUCAAUGGCCAUGCGGUAAAUGGAGCUGCACCCGUUUUGGUGAACGGGCGGGGCAAGAGCUAUGAACCAAUUGCUCCUCCGCCCGCUGCCAGUGGGGGAAUACUGGAGUUUGGCGGGAACAGUGGCAGUGGCAGCCAGCUGGGUCUCAAUCCGCGACCCACCGUCCCGCAGCGACGACGUGCCAUCGAAAAGAAGCUGGGCGAGCACAGCCACACAUCUCAUACACUGCAUACGGCCCAUCUGGCGGUCAAGUCGCAGGCGCCGUUGCCCUCGCAGGUUAGUCAACUGGAGCCACCGCCGGACUACUCGCCGCCGCCCAGGAGUCGCAGUCGGUCGUCCUCGCCGCAGGUGGACUACCUGAUGACCAGAGAGGUGCCUGCCAGCACAAUGACCCUCAGCCGGAAGCAGCAGCAGCGCACGCGAUUCGCACCCACAUCCAGCUAUCCGCCAGCAACUGGAGGAGCUGGUAACCUCCGGCCGCAGGGCGCCACCUCCGCCUCCACAUCGAAUCUCUCGGCCAUGAGCGGUGGCGGCGGCGGCGGCGGAGGCAGUACCUCCAAGUCGAGCCGCAUGGGCCAGGUUAUUGGCAAUUCGCUGCGGAAGCUGGUCAGCAAAAUCCGUUCGGCCAGUGCGGAGCGCAAGUUCCGCAUGAAAUCGGCGGCCAGCAAGUCGCGCGAACAGUCACCCAGUCCAGGACACGAUCCCCGAGGAGUUGGUCCUCCGGUGACCACCUACCAGCAGUACAAUGUGAUCGAUGGGCACAUAGGUAGCCACGAUUCGGAGGAUUCCAAUAGCGAUAAUCAGCGGCGCAGGGAGAGGGAGAGGGAGCGGGAAAGAGAGCGGGAGAGGGAGCGGGAACGGGAACGGGAUCGAGAUCGGGAACGUGAUCCUCCCAAACAGGAGACACAAGCCCGUCAGAAUUUCAAACGCGCCGAGUCCGCGGAUCCACAGCUGCAGCACCUGGAGCAGGCCAUAAGUCCAAGGCAAAGGUACUAUCUGGGCGAGGAUCCCUACUCCAGUACACUCUACGGCAAGGAGAACCUAUACGAACGACGGCCACGUCAGCGCAGUAACUUGGAUCGCCCGGAUGAGCGAUUGGAGCGCUUGGAGCGACUAGAACGGGAGGAUGACUACUACGAAUCCAGGGCUCCGCCGCCAGUGACAGCUGCCCACACGUUGGGUCGCUACCAGAAGCAUGGCCAGCGUUUCAGCGGCUCUACGCCCAAUCUGCACCAGCAGCAGCAGGAUUACCGUUCGGCCCAGACACUGCCGCGCAAGUUGCACGAGCAGCGUACGCAGAGAUUUGGUAAUGCCAUGGAGAAACAGCCGCCUCCGGGAAGGGGCAAUUACCUCCCGGCGACUGGACAACAACAGCAGCCACGGGGGAUUUCUCAGAAUCAGAAUCAGAAUCUGAGUCCUAACCCUAACCCCAACCCAAAUCCAAGCCAGAUACAGCCGCAGGGACCGGCGAAGCCGGCUCGCACCUAUGCAAAGGUCCUGAAUCGCAGCAAGAGCUUCAAUGUGCACGGCAUGAAUGGCAGCAACGAUCCUAGUCCCAUCUACAUCGAGAAGCUGACCCGGAACAACUAUCAGCCCCGGCAGGAGCCGAACUUUGGAUAUGGGUUGGGCCAGGGACCGAACGCCAACUACAAGUCCAAUCCGCACCUCUUCUCCGGCAAGGACAACUCACUGAAGAGCGGCCUCAAGAGUCCAUCGAUUGUGAAUCUUAUUAGUCGCAGCCAGAAGGAUCUGACCAAGAUCGCUGGUAACGAAGAGGAUGAAGGCAACUACCCGGAGCAGGACAAGAAGCAGCUGUAUCUGCGGGGCUUGCACCAGCAGGCACCGGAUCUGUACCGGGUGAUCCAUGGCGACGAGGAGUACGGGUCAAGGAAGUAUCCGCUGCAGGCCAAGUAUUCUCUGGACUCGCGUUCGCCGCCGUCCGUGGAGCUAAACAAAGAUACGGCCAGCAUUGUGCGUCGCGGCAGCGAGGUGGACCAUCAGCAGAGCCACCACCACCACCAGCAGCAUCAGCACCACCAGCAGCAUCUCCACCACAUCCAGAGCCACCAGCAGCAGAACUUGCGACGUGGUUCGGGAGCCACCAUCAUUGAGCUGCGCACCGCCGCCGGCGGCCAUCGCAAGUGAUCUGCCAUUCUUCCAGAACCAUAAGAUCCCGUUCUCCUUUAUUUUAAAACCGAAGUCGAACUUCCCUAAUGAUAAAUCCCCCAAGUCGAACUAUACAUAUUUAAACUUUCCAGCUCCUUUUGUUUAAAUCACAACCAAUAUUGUUCCAUAAAACGUAUUUGUCCUUUUCUUUUUAAAUACAUUCAAUCUUUAGAAGUGAACUAAAAUAGUCGGAAAUCUUUCAAAUUUUUUCUGAAUCAUAGCAUAUAUAAAUAUCCCUAUGAACAAAUUUGUAAAUUUGAAUGAGAGCCAUGUUCACUUUUCAAAAAUAAUUCGACACAAUGAAAUUAAUUUCGUUAAACUUUUAUAACUAUUAAUAUUCUGUUAACUUGCAUUGGGAAAGUUCGACUUUAUAUUCCUGCCAGGACCCCUAAUCCCUAACUAUUUGCUAACAAAUGCUCGGCCUUGGGCUUUAGUUUCAUUUGACAAGCAGCAAAUAAAAAUAAAAGGCCAAUCAACCAAUUGAUUGUUAAAUGGGUAAUAAAAGCUACAAAGUUGAUGGUGAACAGAAAGCGAAUUACACAAUUAAUGUUAAAUAAAAAUCGAUAAAUAAGAAAACAAAAUCUAUAUGUAACGUGGAAGCCAUUCCCACUGUCCUGCCACGCCUCUUCCAAUCGUAAUUUGAUAAUACUAUAACGCCUACGUCUAAUUACAUUACCUAUUUUAUCAUUUUUGUUUUUUUUUUUAACUACUAAUAUUAACGUUUGUUGUAUAGAUACCGUAAAAUGGAUAAACUAAAAAACUAAUAUUAAUUCGAUAUUAUUGUACAAUUUUGAUUUAUAAACAAACUGCAGUUAAAAUUAAAAUAAAGUGCCAAAAUAAACAA